CGGCGCAGAAGGAAGAGGGAGAGAAGAAGGAGGGGACGUUGAGUCGGAUUGCGGAGGAGAUUCAGGUUGUUAAGGUACAUCCAUCACCUCUCCUCUCCGUUUCCCAUUUCAACAAUCUCUAUGUUCUUCACUUUACUAACAUCUGGAUUAAAAAUGACAAUAGACACUAGACCCCCACGCCACCGCAGAGAAGUACCUCUUCAAGCAACUCCUCAAGACGAAACGCAUCGCCGAGUCGCCGCUCUUCAUCCAAUUUAAAGACAAGAAGAAGUUAUCUGCGGAGGGGCCGAAGAGUACGGCUGAAGCGAACGUCACGGCACGGUUGUACAAGUCCACGCCGGUGAAGAAUGUGUUCCCGGGGAUUAUGGAGGGGAUACGCAAGUUAUUGGGGAUUGAAGAUAAGCCUGCGGAUGUGAAGAAGAAGGAUGCGAAGAAAUCCUCCAAGGAGGAGAAGAGCAGUAGCAGCAGCAGCAGCAAGAAGAAGGCCGAUGCCGAGACAACUCGGACAAGCGCAUCCGCCUCGCCAAGCAGCGGCGACGAAGACAUCAACAUGGACGACGCCGGCUCCGACGCAGAGAGCAUCGACUACGCACAAUUCGACGCGCGACUGGCGCCCGAUUCAGGCGACGAGAACGAAGACGGAUCUGAAGGCGACGAAGAUCUCGAUCCCAAUGAAAUCAGCGACGUAGAAGAAGAAAUGGAGGAGGAGGAGGAGGAGGAGGAGGAGGAAGAAGAAGAAUCAGACGACGAUCAACACAUCUCCAUCUCGCGCUCCCCCUCCCCCUCCUCCCCACCGACCAAAAAGCCCAAAGCAACCAGCAAAGCCUCCUCGACGCCCGCGACCAGCACGACCUUCCUCCCCUCACUCACAAUGGGCGGAUACUGGUCCGGAUCCGAGGACGAGGCAGAAGACGGCGCGGCAGCGAACGAGCCCCCGCGACGCAAGAACCGCAUGGGUCAGCAGGCGCGUCGGGCGCUGUGGGAGAAGAAGUACGGAUCUGGAGCGAAUCAUGUUAAGCAGGAGAAGAAUAAGCGGAAGGGAGGAGGACGCGAUAGUGGGUGGGAUGUGAGGCGGGGAGCGACGGAUGGGGGUGAGCGGUGGGGACGCGGUGGUGGGCAGCACCAGGGUAGGGGUAGACCGCAGCAGCAAAACCAGCAGUAUGGACGGCCUCAGCGUGGUGGACCGCCAGCGAAGAAGCCGGAGGAUAAUAAGCCGUUGCAUCCGUCGUGGGAGGCGGCGAGGAAGGCGAAGGAGCAGAAGGCUACUGCUGCUUUCCAGGGUAAGAAGGUUACGUUCGAUUAGUGGAAGAUAUCCUGUUUCUGUAUGUAGGACAUUUGUAGAUAUUAUAUCAUCAUGGCUAAAGAA